CUAUGGUGACAAGAUGACUGUGCUUCACCGAACACACCCCAAGGAAGCAGCGAACGCGCAACCUGUCCGUGAAGAAGGCAUUCACGAAGAUGCCGGAGGAAUCCACCACAUUUCACGAGACACCGCGCAAGGGAGGACAGCUAAAGAGAGGGCAGGAACUGGCCGUUCGACAAAUGGCGCACCGGAAAGGCGAAACUGUAUACCUGACUGUCAUUCCUGAUAUUAAGCUUGGCUGUAAAUUUGUCUGGAAGGAUAUCACAGACACAGUGGGGAAUACCAAUACGGUCGAAUUUAAGCUUGGCUAUGACCAGUGUCUUGCCGAAUACAAAGCUAAAGCGGCCUUCGAUUCAUACUGGGAAAACAGCAUGAAAACCUACAACCGCACUAUGAUCAUUGCCAUAGGCCGACAAAGGCUAAUCGAAUUCGCCAAGGCUGGCUCCUUAGAAGUGAUGGCCUCUAUCCCUACUUCACGUCAAUCCUUAAGCCAGGUGACCUCAUGAGUGUUACGCUUGCACAGGAUGCGGACGCUGCCCAGCUCGCAAAGCUGCAGUUGCAUCAUGAUUGGCGAGCGAAGCUUAAGCCUGUUCCUUGAACCACUCAACAACUUCUCUGGAGUUUUGAUACGAACGGGGAAGACUCAUUUGGUUGGGUUUUCGCGACAGUGGCCAUUGUCGACUUCGCCAAGCACAUGAGGUCGCUUGCUUGUUCAACAGCCUCUCGCUUAUCCGA